GUUUAUAUAAAAGAAAUGGCAAUGUUAACGCUUACGCCAAGUUCAUGUGGCUUUGCCAGCAAACUGCGCUUUAAAUUGAAUACCAAAGACUUAGGUUGGCGCCCACAUCAGCGAUUCAGCAUGGAUCGCAACCUUCGCUACGCCGAUGGAAUUAAAAGUUUCUUGGCGCAGACGCACUGGCGCAAUGGCACAGCUGUUUUUCCAAAGCUUUUGCGCUGCCAGUGGAAGACAUGUGAAGGUCAGAAGAAGUUUUUCAGCAACAAAAAUAAUUGCAAGAUGAGUACCCGUAAGUUCUGCGUCGGUGGCAACUGGAAGAUGAACGGCGACCAAAAGACCAUUGCCGACAUCUGCAAGACUUUGAGCUCUGCCCAGCUGGACCCCAACACCGAGGUGGUCAUUGGCUGCCCGGCCAUCUAUCUGAUGUACGCACGCAAUCUGCUGCCCUGCAGCAUUGGCGUUGCCGGCCAGAAUGCCUACAAGACCGCCAAGGGUGCCUUCACCGGCGAGAUUUCGCCCGCUAUGCUGAAGGACAUUGGCGCCGAUUGGGUAAUCUUGGGUCACUCUGAGCGUCGUGCCAUCUUCAACGAAUCUGAUGACCUCAUUGCCGAGAAGGCAGAGCAUGCUCUGGCCGAGGGCUUGAAGGUGAUUGCCUGCAUUGGCGAGACACUGCAGGAGCGCGAGGCGGGCAAGACCAACGAGGUUGUGGCACGCCAGAUGUGCGCCUAUGCCAAGACCAUAAAGGACUGGACCAACGUUGUGGUCGCAUACGAGCCCGUCUGGGCCAUUGGCACCGGCAAGACAGCCACACCCGAUCAGGCCCAAGAAGUGCACGCCUUCCUGCGCAAGUGGCUGACGGAUAACAUCUCCAAGCAAGUGUCCGACUCUCUGCGCAUUCAAUACGGUGGCUCUGUGACCGCUGCCAAUGCUCAGGAGCUGGCCAAGAAGCCCGACAUUGAUGGCUUCCUGGUUGGUGGCGCCUCACUCAAGCCCGAGUUUGUGGACAUUGUGAAUGCCCGCAAGUAAAUUGGAAGAACUGCCGCUACCCACAAACAUCUGCUUAGGAAACUCCUAGGCUGAAUUGCAUUACGCACAGUUUGGCAAGCAUUGUUAUUAUAAAUCUCAUUAGCAAUGAGUUAGAAUUGUUUGCGCCGGAAAGUAGCAAACGCAUGUAAUCUAUUCAAAAUUCCUUGUUCACCAAAUCGCUGUUGUAUUCAUUUUAAUUUAUAAAAUAAUAAAA